AACAGCUCUCAGAGUGAGCCCACAAAAGCGCGCCAAAAAAAACCACCAUGCCUGAACUUCCAGAGGUAGAGGCCGCGAGAAGAGCCGUCGAAGAGCACUGCGUGGGCAAGAUUACGAAAGCUGUGAUCGCUAAUGACUCAAUGGUCAUCGAUGGAGUCUCUCCUUCAGAUUUUGAAGCCUCUCUUCUCGGUAAAACCAUUGUCUCUGCCCACAGAAAGGGUAAAAACAUGUGGCUCCAGCUCGAUUCCCCUCCUUUUCCUUCCUUCCAGUUCGGAAUGGCGGGUGCUGUAUAUAUAAAGGGUGUUGCAGUUACAAAAUAUAAGAGGUCUGCUGUCAAGGAUACUGAUGAGUGGCCAUCCAAAUAUUCCAAGUUAUUUAUUGAAGAAUGGCAGGUGCUGUAGAGCCCUGCCAGUUAAUUGUAAAAGAGCAUCAUCAGUGAUCUCGUCACUCAAUGGCCGGUCUAUACAAAUAUUCCUCCAUAGAAGAGGGUUGCUUUUAACAACAUUGCAGAGAGACCUGCAAACUCUUUCAACCACAAGGAGAUCCAGUCUCGUCAUCAGGAUGGACUUUGGUACAUGCCUGCAAUUCCUUUUCUUGGUUGCUGUUGAUCCAAUUUCCAUGGCAGCUAAAACUCAGAAAUUCACUGAACCCACCAUCACAUAAAUUUUUACCAUCUAAACCAUCAAACUCAUUACAAGGAACCGAUUUCUCAGCAUUACUAAAUUCUGGUUGAAAUCUCAUUGCACCGCUCCAAACCAAAUUUAGAUUGGCAUACAAUCCACGACCCUCUCCCUAGGACCAACACUUCUGGCAUUCCCUCAAAGAAAUGCCCAAAUACACAAAGACUCGAACACCAUACGAGAAAAGAAACAUCGAACAUAGAUGAAAACAUACAAAAGUGAUUAAUUAAUGUGAAUAGCCUUAUUUCAAGCGCGAAUCCAUGGGCUAAAACAGGGGAAUGAUUCAAAAUAUGAUUUGAAUAAAAACAGGGCGCAAUUUCUACCAUCAAAUCCGAAGAUGGACAUGUAUGCAAAUUAUUUUCGGAUGAGAUCAAUGGCAUUAACAGAAUGAAGAACAUAUCAAACAGACAAAGAUUCAAUUUCAACACAGCAACUUGUGGCCCUUUCCGUCCACACUAAUCAACAAAAUAAAUGCCCAGAACCAUCGAAGAAUCAUCAAGAAUCGAAUAAGAUAAAGCAUAGGAAAUAGCUGAAAACGUACUUGGGCAGUCUUGGCUGCAAUCGCUUGGCUUCCCGCUCCUUUGUGUUUUUUUUUUUUUUUUCAAAAUCCCGGUGAACCGUUCUCUCUUUUCCUUCAAGAUAAUUUCUUCUCCCUCCUUCCCCUAACCUUCCUUUACGUAUAUAUCUCAGAAAAAGGACCCCCAAAUCUGUUCCAAAAAGGAAAAUCCCCCAUUUCCUUUUUUUUUCUUCUUCUUUUUUGCAAUCCUUCUUUUUUAUGUAUUUGUAUCAGCCUCCCAGAAACUCAAUCUGCUGAAGGAAAUCCACUUUCUUUUCUUCCAUUUCCUUUCCUUUUCGAAAAUUAGAAUACCUCUCCCUUACCUUUGGAGAAUCCUUUCCUCCCAUGUAUGCAGCCAAGUCGAUCUCUUCCUUCCAAAAAUAUUUUUGCUUGCCUUCUUUGAGUGUGCAUGCCUUUGUGAGAGUUGAUCAACAACCCCAAUUCUCUUGUCAAACAAUAAAAAUGAAAAUAAAAAGAAUCAAACCAAAUAGAGUUAGCAAU